AUGUUAGUAGGUGUACUACCAUAUCAGUGCUUAGAGGUAUCUGGCAAUCUGCUGUUUGCUGCCAGAGGAUCGAGCGUAGACAUCAUAAGUAUCAACGACUCCUCUCACAUCUCAACUUGGAACCUUCCACGAUUACAUAAACAAGGAUAUACAACUACACAAGCAAGAAGUGAUUCCCCUAAAGUAUUUGACAAACUUCCCCAUCAUGAAAAAAAUUCUGAGCCAGCUCCUCCAGCCAAAAAAAGAAAACUAGCUUUAAAUCGAGAUGAAGCAGCGGACGAUACCUCAAGACCUGAUAAAGAUGGAAGUAAAACAUAUUCGGCCGAUGUUCAGGAGAAAGAAACACCAGCAAUAACGAUUAUGGCUUCCACCAAAAAUGGUAUCUACGUUGCGGCUGUAACUGGUGAAGAUAAGACCAUUCGUGUUCUCGAAAUCGUCCAAGAAAACCAGGUAAAAAGACUAGUUCAAAUAAGUCAUCGAUCCAUGCCUAAGCGUCCAUGUGCUAUAACAAUAACUAAUGAUGAUACGACCAUUAUCAGUGCCGAUAAAUUCGGUGACGUUUAUUCCAUUCCUUUGCUAUAUAAAGAAACAAAUUCGCAGCCACACGAAAACUCGCAAUCUCUAGUAGACUCUUCUCAGCCUUUCAAGCCAGCUGCAAGUGAAUUAACUAUUCAUUCUCAACGAAAUCGAAGAACACUAGAAAACCAAAGGAAACAAACAGUACAGAAGUCUUCCAAAGCAGGAACUGACUUCGAUCAUGAACUACUCUUAGGGCACGUUUCAAUGCUGACAGAUAUCAAACUUGCACGUAGCGACCAAAAUAACUAUAUUAUCACUUCAGAUAGGGAUGAGCACAUACGCAUCUCUCGAGGAAUACCCCAGACACAUGUUAUCGAAAACUUCUGCCUUGGUCAUACAGAAUUUGUUAGUCGGUUGUGUAUACCAGAGACCAGACCCAAGAUACUGAUAUCGGGAGGAGGAGAUAAUGAAAUCAUUGUGUGGGACUGGACGACUGGAAGCUUAUUAUCUAAAACCAACAUGAUGGAACAUGUUUCAGUGUUAAAGAAAAAAUUAAACUUAUUGGCAAGCGAAACGUCCAUAAAGGACUCUUUCAAGAUUGCAGUUUCAAAUAUUUGUCACACGUAUACCCACAAUGAUCUAAUAAUCAUAAGUUACGAAAGUGUUCCCGCGUUUUUUACUUUUAUCUUGACGUCAGAAGAUACGUUACAGUAUGUUGAGACAAUUGAAACAACGGGAAACAUUCUCUCCAUGGGUGUUACGAAGGAACCCGAUCAAAUUUCUUCAAGUAUCUUUGUUUCUGUGGACAAUAUUCACACGCCUGGCUCAACUUCUAUCCUAAAAGAAUCUUACAAUUUAACCAACAUAGCGGCUCUAAGUAAAUUUAAGGUCUCUGAUUGUAGGAUUGAAAGAUUACCACUAGCAAUUGAGAUACCUACCGACGAUAUAAAUCAGUCUAGCGACAGUAACCUGAAAAAUAUUUCACGUCUAUUUUAUGGAAUUGAGAGCUUGCGCAAAAAAGGUGACGGACAUGAGUAA